AUUUGACAGAUUGACAGAUUUGUGUGCUGUGUUUGUGUGACGUUUGGGAUUGACAGAUUCUAGUUUUAUUUAUCUCGAUUUUUGUUUUAAUUGCGAUAAAAGUGAUCUAUAUUCUCAAUUUUAACUGUUUAAUACUUAGAUAUUUAAAAAAUAGUAUUAUAUCUUUCUCUGACUCAUAUACUAAACUAGUGAUUAGUGUUCUGACAUUUGGGUGUAGUCAAUCAGAAACAAACUGCAGCUCUUACUUUACAUCCCUCUUCACUUAUAUCUUCAGGAUACAUGGUAAGAACGAAAUGUUUAUAUUUCAUUAUUAACUAUAUGUAAGAAGAGAAGCAAUAAAGACAGUGAUAUCAAAAUGAGUGCUGGUGGUGGAGCUGUUGUUAAUAAUUUACCAGCUGGAGUAAAUCCAGACAAUAACCUAUUACCUGGAGGACCCAUGAUCAAUCCAACGAUGAACCGAAAUCGGAAUAAUAACCAGAAUCCAUUAUUUAAUGUACGUGAGAGAUUAUUCCAUGCUCUGUUUUUCAAGUUUGCGGUGGCCUAUGCACGUACCUUCCCUAGACCUGUAAGGAGAUUCUUUGAAUUUCUUGUACUGCUGAAGGCAUUGGUAGCAUUUUUUGUCUUGGCAUAUAUACAUAUAGCAUUCUCAAGAACACCAACAACAUGUUUAAAUAAUAUCAAAGAUUCAUGGCCUAGAGAUGGCAUUUUAAGGGUAGAGAUAUUGAGAAAUCCUGCUCAAGAUUAUUCUAUUGAGCAAAGCUAUGCAAAAGAACGUAGGUUGAAGAAAGACAAAGAAGAACUCAGUUCAAUGCUUGGAAUGCUUGCUACUGAAGGUUUCAUCAACAUUGAAUCAUCAUCUAGUGAUGAUGUAGAAGAGGAUGAUUACAUACGAGAUGGUACUGAUUAUGGAAACAUAACACAUGUCCAUGAUGAGGGUCAAAAUGAAGUUGAAUCUGGACAAGUUAUGGAAACAUCUUAUAUAAAUUCAGGGCCUGAGCUUGUGCCAAAUGAUGGAGAAACUGACCUUAAUGCAACUAUAGUAUCAACGGAAGAUAUAGAGCCUGCUUCCUCUAUAUGGGAGGGAAUAAUGGGAUUAGUAGAAGAUAUUGAUAAAGAUUCUAAAUUUGUUGAUGAAUCUAUCGAAGAAGCAGCAGCUAAUGAUUCCUCAAAAGAUGAAGACUACAUUCUAGAGUAUUCCCUCGAAUAUGGUUUCUUACGGCUGUCGCCCAGUGCCCGACUCCGUCUCAAGAUUCCCGUCAAGAUUGUUACUUUAGAUCCUCAGAAAGAUGAGUGCUUUGGUGACACAUUUUCAAGAUUUGUGCUUGAUAAUUUUUUGGGAUAUGAUGACUUGCUCAUGGCGUCUAUUAAGACACUUGCUGAAAAUGAAGACAACAAAGGAUAUUUACGGAAUGUCAUCACUGGGGAGCACUAUCGUUUCGUUUCCAUGUUGACGGCGCGCAGUUCGUACAUUGCGGCAUUCUUUAUCAUGCUUGUAUUUACGGUCUCCAUAUCGAUGCUGCUGCGUUACGCCCAUCACCAAAUCUUCGUUUUUAUAGUGGAUCUGCUGCAAAUGCUGGAGUUCAACGUGACUGUCUCAUUCCCAGCAGCACCUUUGCUCACGGUCAUUUUGGCGUUAGUUGGUAUGGAGGCCAUCAUGUCGGAGUUUUUCAAUGAUACCACUACAGCGUUUUAUAUCAUCUUGAUCGUGUGGAUAGCCGAUCAAUAUGAUGCUAUCUGUUGUCAUACUGCUAUCGCCAAGCGUCACUGGUUGAGAUUCUUCUACUUAUAUCACUUCUCGUUCUACGCUUACCACUACAGAUUUAAUGGACAGUACAGCAGCCUGGCAUUGGUCACGUCGUGGCUUUUUAUACAGCAUUCCAUGAUCUACUUCUUCCACCAUUACGAGCUGCCUGUGAUACUACAGCAAGCUCAACUUCAACAGUUGUUACUUCGCACUCACCGCGGUAUGGGUAUGAUGCCAAUAAUGGGCUUAGCAGGCAUCGCUGCUUUAGCAAGCGGCGCGGCAUAUCACGAUGCUCCAGGCACUGGUACUCAAGCUACUCCACCGACGACUCAAUCUACUACACAAACUGUUCAAAAUACAGUACAGUCUACAACUCAAACGUCGCCUUCGGUUUCCACUGCCCAAACUAACACAACUCAUACUGGAGACGUCAUCUCGUCCAGGACAACAGCCACAGAAACGAGUGCUGCAGGUACCAACACUACUUCCAACGAGAACGAACAGACAGCCGUUGCCACCCCUGAUAAAUACAGUUCUCCAGCAGGAAGUGAUAAUAUCAGAAUUGAAGAAAUUGAAAGGAAAACUUCCAGUAGUAACGUUACAGUUUCUUCCAAUAGUCAUUCCAUUGUAGCAAGCUCCAACGUUCGUAACUCGCCGAGCGGAGCUGAUGAAAUCAUAAAUCCUGUCAGCGAUCAUGUUGAAUCUUCAAUUUUAGAUCGCAGACGAAAGAAAAGUAACGAACAGAAUUCAGAUAAUCCUCUAUUAGCGCCUCAGAGUGUUUCUACAGAGAGAUUAGCUCCUAGAGCAUCAGCUGAGGCUGACGAUCUAGACUAGUAUAUAUAAUUAAAAUGUUCUAUCUAUUGUGCAUUGAAUAUCUAUGUAUUUAAUUUCGAUCAAUCGCAGCUUCUGUGAGAUUUGAAGUCGCAUUAGAGUAAUUAUUAGUUCUAUGAAUAAAUAGAUGAUGUUUGACAUGGACUGGUUAAGGAAAGUUUAUGAUUCUUUAAAGCGGUGUAAUGUUUGUCACAAUUGAAUAAUUUUUCCCGAAUAUGUAUUAUUUUUGACGGGAAUUAUUUUCCAGGUAAUAUGAUAGAUUUUUCAACAGUGUUUGUUAAAUCUGCUGCCAUCGGUAACAGCGAAUUGUAAAUAUUUAUGAUAGUAUACAAACUGAUGUGAACAUAUUGUGUUGUACUUAGAGUUUGUAAUUUGUUACUUUGAUGAUGCUUUGGGGUGGCGCAGAUGUCGGUAUACUCUUCAGUGAUUUAGUUUAUGCAAUAAAAUAUUUUGUUC